CGGAGCGGCGGCGGCAGCAGUAGCUGCGGCGGCAGCUGGCGACCUUGCUGCCCGCAACUCGCGGCGGUGGGGUCGCCGGCAGCUGCAGCAGCAACAACAGCAGCAGCAUGCGGCCGUGCCGGCGCGCAGCACCAUGCGGACCCGGAGGGUCAGUCGUCGCCACGCCACCAUCCACAGCAGUCGCAGCACGCGCCGCCGCCUGCUGACAGCCCGCACGCCGCCGACGGCGCCGGCAAUGCCAGGGGCCGCAGGGGCGACGGCGGCGGCGGCGGGGGCGGCGGCAGCUCCGGCGAUAACGGCCGCCGCCGCGGCGGGGCGGCCUCCUGCAGACAGUCGGCGGCGGCCUGCUGGCUGGAGCGUCAGCGCAGCAGCCUUCAGCGGCGGGCGCUGCCGGGCAUUCUGGAAGCGUACCCCAUCGGCGUGCGCGAGGCGCUCGACCCGGCCUCCCGCGCCGCCCUGCGCCUCACCUGCCGCGCCGCCCUGCACACCGUCGACGCCUUCGCAGACAACCUCCGCGCUCCUACCUUCUGCAACGGCCGCGCCGGCGGCGCCGCCAGCGGCGUCGCCAGUGGCGGCGGCGGGUGUAGCACCAUCAGCCUGCUGGCUGCUCGCUGACGCCGGCGGCAGCGCCGUGCUGUUGGAGCUGGCGGCGGGCCUGAGCCCAGCAGGCAUGAGCAGCAUCGCUGGAGGCGGGGGUGGUGGAGACGGCGGGGUUGGCGGUGGUGGCGGCGGUGCCACGAUGGCACGGUUGCAGGCGGAGCGGGCCAGGCGCGUGUCGCUGGGCGAGAUGGUGGCGGGGCUGCGGCGCAUACUGCUGACCCGCGGCUGCAGGCCGGGCGGCGUGUUCAUCGACCUGCAGGACAAGGUGGAGGAGGAGCGGCAGGCGCGUGGGCUGGCAGCACUUGCGCUGUUGGCGGAGGCGAAUGCACGAAAUGCACGCGCGCUGGCAGCGGCCGCCGCGCCAGCGACUACAGCCGCCACUGCUACUACGGCGGCGGCGCCAGCUGCCGCAGCCGCAGCUACAGCCCUCGUACACGGUGGCGCAGUCCUGCCGCCGCCCAAUGCUACUGCUGCUACUGCCGGUCACGACGUGGCGAGGCCAGCUGGCGGCAGCAACGCCGAACUUGCAUCGCCCUUUGUGGCGCUGCCCUUACACAACAGCACCGGUGUUGAAGGCGACCCAGCCAGCAGCCCUCCUGGCAAUGUCAGUGCGGCAACAGCAGCAGGAGCCGCCUGUCCUACUUGCCACGGCACCAGCAGCAGUGGCGGCGGCGAUGGCAAGGGCAGCGCACGCGGCGGCAACCACGGCGGUGCCGCUGGUGGUAAUGGUCCCGCCGCCGGAGCUGCUGGUGCGGCUGUAGCAGCUGCUGCUGACCGUGGCGGCCCGCGGCAGCAGCAGCAACUGCCGCGCCUAGGCUCCUCACCACUUCGCCAUACCCACCAGCAAAAACAGCAGCAGAAGCAGCAGCAGAAGCAGAAGCAGAAGCAACACUCGCUCCUGCUACCCUACCAGUCCUCAUCAGCGGCAGGGCGGCAGAAGCGGCUGCUACUGCCGCGGAAGACGUCGGCGGAGCGGCUGCCAUCGCCGCCGCCGCCGCCGCUGCCGCCGCCGCUGCCGCCCACCUCUUCCGGGGUGUCACGACUGCGCAUCACCAACUUCUGCCUCACGCCCGGUGCACCGGCGACCGCAGUGGCGGCGGCGGCGCCGAACCUGACCAGCCUGACCCUAUGCAUGUGCAAGAGCAUCUCAGGCCUGCCGGACGUCAUCGCCGGCGCCAACGGCGGCGCCAUCCGCGGCAGUCUGCGGCACCUGACGCUGCGCAUGUGCGGCGGCUGGCCGGAGCCGCUGGGGCGCGCGCUGCAGAGCUGCAGCGCACUGCGGCACCUCACGCUGCCGCUGAUUGGGGACCACGUGGCAUCAGGAGCCAUUGAUGCGCUACGGCGGCUGACCCAGCUGCGGUCGCUGGACCUGUCCCCCGCCGGCCCCAGCCGCCGCGCCGCCGCCGCCGCCGCCGCCGCCAUGGUGGCUCUGACGGGGCUGACGCGGCUGAUGGCCAAUGAGGCGUCGCUGGCGGCGGUGGCGCCGGCACUCCGGCACCUGCGCGGCCUGCGGGUACUGGGCGUGGGGCCCUACUGCUGCACGGACCGCGAGGUCAACGCCCUGGCGGCGUUGACCGGGCUCACCUGGCUGCGCGUGCUGCGCGUGAAGCUGCCGGCAUCUGCGCCCCUGCUGGGCCCGGGCGGUGCCAGCGCGCUGCUCGCCCUGCGGGCCGCGGGGCAGCAGCCGCCGCCGCCGCUGUACCUGCCGCCGCACGCGGGCUGCCAUCCCAAUGUGCCGCCCGGGCACCAGCAGCACCCACUGCAGCAACAGCAGCAGCAGCAGGCGGCCGGGGUUUUGGAGGGUGCAGGCCCCGGCGGCGGUGCUGCGGUUGGCACUGCGCCACCCGAGCCCCUGCUGCCCACAGCCGCAGCAACCGGGAGCAGAGGCGGAGGUGGAGGCGGCAGCAACACCAGUAGCGCUCUGACUGGUAGCAGCGGAAGCGGCGGUGGUGGAGGCGGCGGCGGCGGGCUUCAUGGCGGCAGUAGCGUGGCAGUUCCGCUGCCUCCAGCCCUCGAGGAACUGCUCAUCGAGGGCGGCGCCGCCCCUGCCGUACUCGCGGCCCUUGACGUACCGCCCACCCUCCGUACACUCUUCGCCGACAUUGUCGUACCGUACGACGAGUACUGCGACGAGGACGUGGCGCUACUGCCGGCGGCGGCCGCCGCGUUGGCGGCGGCUGUAGCACGCUUCUCCGGCGGCCGCCUGGGCCCUGACCUCAGCCUGGAAAUCCGCGGCCCGACCGAUGUGGGUCGGCUGGCGCCGCCGCCGGGUUGCCUGGCCGGGCACGGCGUGUGGAUGUCGGCUCUUGGGCUGCUGGGGGGCCUGCGGCGGCUGUGCCUGUGCGGCUUGGCACUGGAUGAGGUGGACACGGCGGCUCUGGCGGCGGCCGUGCCGGCCUCGCUGCAGGAGUUGCUGCUGGAGGACUGCUCGCUGCCGCUGACGGCUGUGGGCUGCCUGGCGCCGCUGGGGGCACGGGGAGCAGGGGGCGGGGGGCUGAGGUAUCUGCAGCUGAGCCAUGCGGAGGAGUGGAACGACGAGGCAGCGGUCCGGGGUGUGCUGCUGGCGGUGCUGUGCGCCAUGCCGCGGCUGCAGCGGCUGGGCUUCGGCUGCGCCCUGUCGCCGGCCGUGCGGUGUGCGCUGCGCUGGCUGCGUGGCGAGGCCCUUCAGCGCCUGGGCCGUGACCCGGAGGUAGUCGAAGAGCCAGAGGAUUCGGAGCUGGGCGAGGAGGCCUUUGAGGAGGAUCUGGAUCGAGAGCUGUAUGACGGGGAUCACGGCGGGCUGGGUCUGCCGGGGGGCGGGCGGGAGGUGGCGGGGCUACUGGCGGCGGUGGGGUUGCAGCUGGGCAGCGAGCGGGGCGUCGGCGAGGAGGAGGAAGGGCACGAGGAGGAGGGGGUUGACGUUGAACCAAUCCCGUAAGGAAACAGUCGCGUGGCAAGGAGAACUGCAGCUGCAUAAGCGAGUCGUUGUACGAGGAGGAGGGGGGAUGAUGGAGGGAGGGAGGGGAGGGAAGUGCUGUUGGCGCUGUAUAGUGUGGGAAGGGCGGAAGGCUGGGGGGGGGGCGGGCGCAGCGAUGUGUCAUGUGUGGGGGCGGCGUGUGGAGUAUGCAGGCAUGAUGCCGCGGUCUGCAGGGACGGCACGCGCUGUACGGCCGGACGGGCCGUCGACUGAUCAACCUGUUUUGCUGCUGAGGUACCGUGCCCGUUGUCGGCGUUGAUCUGCAGUGUAUGACCCGCUGACUAGGUGCGACUGUGUAUGUGGCUGGGUAAGACUGGCUGACGAACUGGUCACCAGAUCAAGCAUUCGGUAGCGGUAAAGACGUAGCGGUAAAGACGUAGCGGUAAAGACGUCUUGCGCUGUUGCGCUAGAGCAGUUGUUGAGGCGGAUUCGCAGA